UUGUAUAUUACUAGACAACAAGGCACUGUGUAUUGAGAGUUACUUUCUGAUUGUUCUGUUUUAUGAAUUAUGUUUUCAGAUACGAAUUGAGAAUUCGUUAUUUGCCCAAAGGAUUUCUCAAUCAGUUUACUGAAGACAAACCAACCUUGAAUUUCUUCUAUCAACAGGUGAAGAGUGACUAUAUGUUAGAGAUAGCUGAUCAAGUGGACCAAGACAUUGCUUUGAAGCUGGGUUGUCUGGAAAUACGGCGAUCGUACUGGGAGAUGAGGGGCAAUGCCCUAGAAAAGAAGUCGAAUUAUGAAGUCUUAGAAAAAGAUGUUGGUUUAAAGCGAUUUUUCCCUAAGAGUUUGCUGGAUUCUGUCAAGGCCAAAACACUCAGAAAGCUGAUCCAGCAGACGUUUAGACAGUUUGCCAACCUUAACCGAGAAGAAAGUAUUCUCAAAUUCUUCGAGAUCCUCUCUCCAGUGUACAGAUUCGAUAAGGAGUGCUUCAAGUGCGCGCUCGGGUCAAGCUGGAUUAUUUCAGUGGAGCUGGCAAUUGGCCCAGAAGAAGGGAUCAGCUACCUGACGGACAAGGGCUGCAACCCCACACAUCUGGCUGACUUCAAUCAAGUGCAGACCAUUCAGUAUUCAAACAGCGAGGACAAGGACAGAAAAGGAAUGCUGCAGCUCAAAAUAGCCGGCGCACCCGAGCCUCUCACAGUGACGGCACCCUCCCUAACCAUCGCAGAGAAUAUGGCUGACCUGAUAGAUGGAUACUGCCGGCUGGUGAACGGGGCCACACAGUCCUUUAUCAUCAGACCCCAGAAAGAAGGUGAACGAGCUUUGCCAUCAAUACCAAAGUUGGCCAACAGUGAGAAGCAAGGCGUGAGGACGCACGCAGUCUCCAUGUCAGGAGUCAGUCACUGCCAGCAUAAAGUUAAGAAAGCCAGGCGCUUUCUCCCUUUGAUCUUCUGUUCCCAUGAGCCUCCUCCUCCGGAUGAAAUUAGUGGGGACGAGACUGACGACUAUGCUGAGAUCAUAGAUGAAGAAGACACGUACACCAUGCCCUCAAAAAGCUAUGGAAUAGAUAAAGCCAGGGAUUAUGAAAUUCAAAGAGACAGAAUAGAACUUGGACGGUGUAUUGGAGAAGGCCAGUUUGGAGAUGUACAUCAAGGAGUAUACAUGAGUCCAGAGAAUCCAGCUUUGGCGGUUGCAAUUAAAACUUGCAAAAACUGCACCUCGGACAGCGUGAGAGAGAAAUUUCUUCAAGAAGCCUUGACCAUGCGGCAGUUCGACCAUCCUCACAUCGUGAAGCUCGUUGGAGUCAUCACGGAGAAUCCCGUCUGGAUAAUCAUGGAGCUGUGCACGCUGGGAGAGCUGCGGUCAUUUCUGCAAGUCAGGAAAUUCAGUCUGGAUCUGGCAUCCUUGAUCCUGUAUGCUUAUCAGCUUAGCACAGCUCUUGCGUAUCUUGAGAGCAAAAGGUUUGUACACAGGGACAUUGCUGCUCGGAAUGUUCUAGUGUCCUCAAACGACUGUGUGAAAUUAGGAGACUUCGGACUGUCGCGAUAUAUGGAAGACAGUACUUACUACAAAGCUUCCAAAGGAAAAUUGCCUAUUAAGUGGAUGGCUCCAGAGUCCAUCAAUUUUCGACGUUUUACCUCAGCUAGUGACGUGUGGAUGUUUGGUGUAUGUGUGUGGGAGAUACUGAUGCAUGGUGUGAAGCCUUUUCAAGGAGUGAAGAACAAUGAUGUGAUCGGUCGCAUUGAAAAUGGGGAAAGAUUACCAAUGCCUCCAAAUUGUCCUCCCACCCUCUACAGCCUUAUGACGAAAUGCUGGGCCUAUGACCCCAGCAGGCGGCCCAGGUUCACUGAGCUUAAAGCUCAGCUCAGCACAGUCCUGGAGGAGGAGAAGGCUCAGCAAGAAGAACGCAUGAGGAUGGAGUCCAGAAGACAGGCCACGGUGUCCUGGGACUCUGGAGGGGCUGACGAAGCACCACCCAAGCCCAGCAGACCCGGCUACCCCAGUCCAAGGUCCAGUGAAGGAUUUUACCCCAGCCCGCAGCACUUGGUCCAGACCAACCACUACCAGGGCUCUGGCUACCCUGGCUCACAUGGAGUCACAGCCAUGGCUGGCAGCGGCUACCCAAGUCAAGCAUCUCUUUUGGACCAAACAGACUCAUGGAAUCCCAGAGCCCAGGAGAUGCCCAUGUGGCAGCCCAGCGUGGAGGACUCUGCAGCCCUGGAUCUCCGGGGGAUGGGGCAGGUGCUGCCAGCCCACCUGAUGGAGGAGCGGCUGAUCCGACAGCAACAGGAAAUGGAAGAAGAUCAGCGCUGGCUGGAGAAAGAAGAGAGAUUUUUGAAACCCGACGUGAGGCUCUCUCGCGGCAGCAUUGACCGGGAGGACGGCGGUCUCCAGGGCCCGACUGGAAACCAACACAUAUAUCAGCCCGUGGGUAAACCAGAUCCUGCAGCUCCACCAAAGAAACCGCCACGCCCCGGAGCCCCUGGUCACCUGGGCAGCCUUGCCAGCCUCAGCAGCCCUGGGGACAGUUACAACGAGGGCGUUAAGCUUCAGCCCCAGGAGAUCAGCCCCCCUCCUACUGCCAACCUGGACCGGUCCAACGACAAGGUGUACGAGAACGUGACAGGCCUGGUGAAGGCUGUCAUCGAGAUGUCCAGCAGGAUCCAGCCGGCCCCGCCGGAGGAGUACGUGCCCAUGGUGAAGGAAGUCGGCCUGGCCCUGAGGACAUUGUUGGCCACUGUGGAUGAGACCAUCCCUGUCCUCCCGACCAGCACACACCGAGAGAUCGAGAUGGCGCAGAAGCUGCUGAACUCUGACCUGGGCGAGCUCAUCAGCAAGAUGAAGCUGGCCCAGCAGUACGUCAUGACCAGCCUCCAGCAGGAGUACAAGAAGCAGAUGCUGACGGCUGCCCACGCCCUGGCAGUGGACGCCAAGAACCUGCUCGACGUCAUCGACCAAGCAAGACUGCGAGUGCUCGGGCAGACGAGGCCGCACUGAGCCGCCCGCCAGGAGCGCGUCCCCCUGCCCUCCCUGGAGGUGUUCUCGGCCUUCCACCAGCAGCGAGGAGUUCACCCCGUGUCCUCGGGCCCAGCAUUCACGGCUCCAACCCUGGAAAGACAGCUGGUCGAAAGUCGUCUCUCCUAAGUUUAACCACGUUUUCAUUUGGGUUUAUUUUUUUUUAAUCAUGAUAUUCAGAAAAGUCCGGGAUCCUAAAGUGUGGCAUUUUUCUGAGAGUGGAAAUUCUACAUAAGAAGCUCUUAAGACUCGUGGAGAAUGGCUUCUGUUCACCUUCGGAUGUGUUUUAGUGGAACGGCCAGGGGUGGCGUGUGGACCUCCGGGCCACCUUCGCGGCCUGUGCAGAGCAGAGCGUGACCUGCAGAGUUCCGGGAACCGCGAGCUGAGGGCUCUGUGUCUGCGGGGGACAUCACCAGACCGGAACUUCGCUUUGGUAGUGCCCCCUUCCGUUGCAACAUGACCCCACCUUACAGAGAACACUAGAGCUCUAUUUUGAAGACUUGAGUCGUUUCAGAAAAACUUCACCCUUUCUGAAUUUCCGCCUUUCCUUUCAUGUGAAUAUGUGAAGCUUUUGGUUGGACACUAGCUGUAGGACACAACUGAAAACUCGUCUUUUUCACCAGAAUAAUGUGCCAGUUUUUUGUAGCAAUGUUGUUUCUCUUGAAAGCAGAAGUGCUUUAUACCAGAGCGCCUCCAAACUGCAUCGAAAGUUCCAGACCCAUCCCUGUUUCCAUUUUUAUAUAAUUUAUAAAGAAAAGAUGAAAGCCAUGUUGACUGUUCCGCAGCCACUGGAGCUCACUAACCCAUCGUGUGUGUCUUCCCGGAGAAUUACGCAGAGGGAUUCGGGUUUCUUCAGAUUCAGUUACACCUUCCAUUCUGUUAAGUCACGUUGAAGAAUGCGCCCUCCCUUUGGUGUGUUGGGGGAUAUAAAUUAUUCUCAGGAAGAAUGUAACGAGCUGUACAUUACUCAGCCUAUUAAAGAGGUGUUACCGGUGA